AUGCCAGUCCCGCAAUGGACGAUCACAGACUUCACUUAUCGGGAGUCGUGGUGGAAGAAUCGUGCCAUCCUGAUACUAAAUAUCUGUUUGAUAUUACCCCUCUUAUCAUCGACCCUUAAUGGCUUUGACUCAUCCAUGAUGAAUAAUUUGCAAAUCUUGCCCGGUUGGCAAGAGUACUUCCAUAAACCGCACGGCAUGAAGUUAGGACUCAUCAACUCCGCACAUAGUAUUGGCAUCCUCAGCGGAACUCCAUUUUCUCCUUACGUGUCUGACCUAUUAGGACGGCGAGCAGCUAUGUUUAUCGGGGCAGCCGUCAUGCUAGCUGGCGUUCUCACCCAAGCCUCAUGUACGACCAUCCAAGUCUUCCUUGGCGCUCGUGUGCUUAUCGGCUUAGGGAUGGCUUUUUCUAUCAAUGCUGCUCCCUUACUCAUCAGCGAACUUAGCUAUCCAACGCAUGUGCGCAAAAUCAUCUCUGAGAUCCGGCGUCACACAUUUGAUCUUCUCACAUGUCUGUCAGCGGCUUGGAUCUGCCUAGGAAGUUAUGAUGGUUCGGGGACGUCAGCAUGGUCAUGGAGGGUCCCUUCAUUCGUUCAAGCAGCCAUUCCUAUCAUUCAGAUGUCGCUAAUAUGGUUUAUCCCAGAGAGUCCUCGGUUUCUAAUGGCCAAAGGCUUGGAAUCGCAAGCUGCCCGUGUUCUCGCUCGGUGCCAUGCAAACGGGGGAGACGAACGCAACCCUCUAGUAGCUUUUGAGUUGGCUCAAAUCCGACAUGCUUUGAACCUCGAACGAGAGUACGCCUCCGGCAAAUCCUACCUGAGGUGCUUCUCGACUCCCGGCAACAGACAGCGCAUGUUUACCAUUAUAUGGAUCGCAGUAUUCUCGCAGUGGAGCGGUAAUGGUCUGGUGUCGUAUUACUUCAACACAGUCUUGGAUAAAGUCGGGAUCACCCAGACUAGAACGAAAGCAGCCAUUAACGGCGGUUUGCAGAUUUUCAAUUUAGCUAGUGCGCUGGUGGGCGUGAUGGUGGUGGACAAACUAGGGAGAAGGAAGACUUUCUUGAUUUCAAACAUUGGCAUGCUGACGGCUUUCUCUAUGUGGACGGUCACGACCGCUCUUUUCAGUCAGUCCGGAAAUGUAGCAGCUGCGAGAGCUACCGUGCCGCUCAUUUUCAUAUACUUUUUCUUCUACGACUUGGCGUAUACUUCGAUGCUUGUGUUGUAUACGCUCGAGAUCCUGCCUUAUAAUAUCCGUGCUAAAGGGUUUGCAAUCAUGAACAUCGUUCUCUAUUCGACCAAUGCUUUCAACUCGCUCGUCAAUCCAGUGGCACUGGAAACCAUAGGAUGGAAAUACUACCUCUUUUACUGCGGAUGGCUUAUCUUGGAACUCCUAUUCGCGAUGGUGUAUAUCAUCGACACGAGAGCUCGCACUCUCGAAGAAACCGCCGCUUUGUUCGACGGAGUUAAAGUCCGUCGGGGUAUCAUGGAACGGACGGAUGAAACUGCCAUGAAUCUGCCUCCAUACCCCAGACUUCAGGACAGUCCUGAAGCAGGGCAGACCUGGAGGAGUUCUGCUUCGCCAUCGCAUUUCGAAGCUCAAACUGGAGAAUCUGUUGUUGGGUUUGCCCGAUAA